UUGGAUCAAACUCGGCUCCUUUGUUCUCUCUGUUAUCUAUACGAAUUGUUUCUUCUUAGGGUUCGUUUCUUCCUUCGGGGAACUGUAACUGCAAGAGGAAGUUGGCGCCGUUUUCCAUCGCAUAAGUUACAGCGCCGCCGACACUCGUCGCCACCGUCUUCAUCUGCAGCAAUCUCAUAUCUCCAUUCUUUAUCCAGAGUGUUUCGGUUUUCACUAUUGACUUCGUUUGGCUUGAGUUCAACAUUGUUUGGACAAAUGGCUGGCACUGGGGAGAAAAGUGAUAAACUUUGUGAGGCUGCUCCUGUUGGUGCGAUUGAAAAGAAGCAGGAAAGCCGUGAUGAACUGCUAGCCCGGCAUAGGAAGGAGACAGUAGAGCUGCAGAAUAAAGAAACUGAACUCAAGAAGGGGGCUGCAAAAGGGAGCAAAGCGGAACAGAAAGCCAAGAAGAAGGCGGUUGAAGAGGAAAUAUCCCUACUCUCUGCAAAACUCAAAGAGAAACAGGCGCAGGAGCUCGCUUCAUUAGGCUAUGUCAACAACACCAAUGACAUCAAUGGCAAAAGCAAACUCGACAAUAUAGUGAUGGCCAUAGCCGGGGUCUCUGUUACCGACCAUUCAGAAAACAAUACAAGGCGAAGCAAAAGUGGGAAGAGGAAAGAUAAACGAGCUCAGCAAGAAGUCGAAAGAGAGAAGAGAAUUCAAGAAGAGCAGAGCAACCUCGUGAGCGAUCGCAUGAUUGAAGACGAGAAGUUGGGAAGGAAACUGGAGCCCCUUGGGUUGACUGUCAACGAAAUAAAACCAGAUGGUAACUGCCUCUACCGGGCGGUAGAAGAUCAGCUGGCUCUUAUGUCUGGUGGGUCUUCUCCAUAUAACCACCAAGACCUGAGGAAAAUGGUGGCAGAUUACAUGAGGCAGAACUCAUCCGAGUUCCUGCCGUUUUUCCUUUCAGAAAAUGAUGCAGCAGCAGGAGAUGAUUCUGACAGUUCACUGGCAGAUAGGUUCGAGAGCUACUGCGAAGAAGUUGAGUCUACAGCGGCGUGGGGUGGACAACUCGAGCUGGGGGCCUUGACUCACUGCUUGAAGAAGCCUAUCAUGAUAUAUUCAGGAUCCUUCCCUGAUGUGGAGAUGGGACAGGAAUACAAAUCCGGUGGUGGAAAUGCGUUGUCCAAUGGGAAACUCUUAAUGCUGUCGUAUCAUAAGCAUGCAUUCGGGCUCGGGGAGCACUACAAUUCCGUGGUUCCAAACUUGAUCAGGUAGGUAUUUCUGUAUCAGUACUAGUUGUGUUGUGCUUGCAGAUUACAGGUAUCGGUUUUGGCUACAUACUUGAUAUACAUCAAUUGUUCAGACAUUCUGGUUGUUAAGGCUGUAAUCACCAAGUUUACAUAUAACUGAAUCAACAUUUUAGUAUUACUGGAUGAUGGGUUGUUCCUUUUGCUUGUUACUUAGCACGGAUUGUGAAAACCGAUCCAGAUUAAACCGUGCUGCCCAAGCGCUAGUGAGCUUGCAAAGUACUUGUGAUCACAUAUCGUUGACACGAACAUGAUGAAUGCAACAUGGCUAGAGUCCUGUCCGGAUUUCAUCGAGCUUCCAAGUCCGUCAUUGACACAUUAUUGAUGGAAGGAACUGUUGGUUGAGCUGCUACAGUAGCUAAUGACUAUGUGUUUAAGCAUCAUCGAGCUUCCAAGUUGGACAUUGCCACAUUAUUGAUGGAGGGAACUGUUGGUCGAGCUGCUACGGCUGAUGACUCUGGAUCGAUGUAGUUGCUAUUGGGGAUGAAUGUUGGCUUCUUGGGAGAUGGAAGAGCACUAUUUGAAUCUCCUAACAUGAAAACAACAUUUGACAUGCCGAUAUGUUAGAUUCCUGAAACGAAAAUCAUUUAAGGGUCAUAUUGGUUAUUGGUUAAUCGAAAAUAGAUUAGUCUCUUA